CUGAGAAGUUUGUAGGUCUGAGAGAGGCGGGAGACUCUAACAGCCAAGGUACAACAAGCAGCUGGAGCAGCAGAGAAGCGUGGCACGACAAUGGAGACUUUUAGUUCCAAGGACCUGGCUCUCCAGGCUCAGAAGAAGAUACUCAGUCGCAUGGCUUCCAAGUCUAUGGUCAAUAUGUUCAUCGAUGAGACCAGCAGUGAGAUCCUAGACGAACUGUACAGAGUGUCCAAAGAGUACACAAAGAACAAGACAGAGUCCCAAAAAGUCAUCAAGAACCUCAUUAAGAUUGCGGUGAAGAUCGGAGUCCUCUUCCGUCACAACCGCUUCAGUCCAGAAGAGCUGGUCUUGGCCAAGGACUUCAAGAACAGGCUGCAUAAUGGAGCCAUGACGGCCAUCAGCUUUUACGAGGUGGAGUUCACCUUUGAGAAAGAUGUUUUGCCCGAAAUUCUCAUGGAAUGUAAGAACCUGGUUCUCCGGCUUGUGGAGAAACAUCUCACACCCAAGUCCCACGGGCGCAUUCAACAUGUUUUCAACCACUUUGCAGACCCUGAGAUGCUCAGCCAACUCUACGACACAAAGAGUAGCCUUCGACCUCACCUACAGAAAAUUUGUAAUGGACUCAACAAACUGAUUGAAGAGGAAAAAUUGUGAGGGGAGAGAAUUAGGACUGAACUCAGGAAUGGAAAAGGAGAUGAUCGUUCUGGUUUCUGUCCCUCUGUGGCAGCAACUCGGGUUUGGGUGGGAUGUUCACCUCCCAUUGAUACUCCUCAAAACGUAUGAUCGAUAUAUUUUUGCCAAACAGAUGUCCAAGGCUUGUGGCCUCAAAUUCAUGGUUGGUCUACCAACUAUAAUGGGAUACCAUUGUGUACUGAUUGCGAUUGCAAACUGAUCAAAAGGGAACUCUCACAAAAACGAUGACCUUGCCAACAUUAUGUUUUUUCAGGCAACACCAGUGGGAACUUUGCACCAACUUGAAGACGAGUUGUCGUGCACCAGAGACUGAGUACUAUUAUGUUAGAAGACAUAACCGUGGCCUUCAAACUCUUUCUGUAUAAUACGUUUGUUGGACUUUGUUGGUUUUUGGUUGCAGAACAAGAGUUAGGUGGGCUGUAAAUUUGUACAGAUAGGCAGCCCUGUGAGUGGAGAGCGGUGGUUCCUCUUGUUUCUGGAGACCAAUACCUCUUCCACAGGAUGGCCAUUUGACUGGUUGUUAGCUCAUGGCUCAUUAUUCUUAAACCCUUCUAUCUUUCUCCGCUCCCUUGUCCGUUCCAUGGUAGAAAAAAUGGCAUUGCAGGAGAGAAAUUCUAACCUUCCUUCCCACAUGACUUGAGUUUUUAUUCUUCAUACAUGUGUAGCCAAACUACAGCCCUGAAGUCAAGAUGAAAUAACUAUGAUUAUAAGCACAAAAGCCCUCAGUUGGCCAACCCAACAGUGUGGCUCUAGUUGUAGGAACAAGUAAGCUUCCUCUGCUAUGGAAUGUGUGUUGUAUCUGGUGGGGGGGGGUUAUGCAGUUUACACCAGGUCCAGUAACCCAUAGCAACCAAUCAAGAUGCAAAUAACUAUGAUUAUAAGUACAAAAGCCCUAAAGUCUCCUCAGUUGGCCAACCCAACAGUAUGGCUGAAGAUCCUCUAGUUGUAGGAAUAGAUUAACUUCCCCUGCUAUGGAAUCUGGGGGGAAGUUAUGCUACAAAGUUUACACCAGGUCCAGUAACCAAUAGCAACCAAUAAAGAUGGAAAUCACUAUGCACAAGGCCCUGACAGCUCCAGGCCAUCAGCCCUGAAGUCUUCUCAAUAGGCCAGCCCAACAGUGUGGUUGAAGAUCCUUUAGCUGUAGGAACAGGAUAGCCUUGUCUGCUAUGGGAUGUGUUUUAUAUCUGGAGUAUUGUUAUACUGCACUGUUUAUACCAGGUCCAGUAACCCAUAGCAACCAAACAAGAUGGAAAUAUUAUAAGCACACGACCCCCAUAAUGCCAUGUCUUCAGCCAUACAUCUGUGUCAGCAUCUCUGCAACUUCUCUUUUUCUCCCUUUCACAGUUCACUUCCCCUUCACAACAUGCUUAUUCCUCUAUCCUGCCAGCUGCAACUGACUGUUGUGGACAUUAUGUUUACACUGUGAUGCAUAUAAAGCAAAUGUGUGUCUUAAAAGUG